AUGGACGAUACAAGUAGUCUUUUGCUUGAGAAAAUAGAUGUACAAUGUCUGGAAGAGCUUAAUUUACGCCAAGCUAAAAGCCGAAACGAUAGUGGAGAAACAGGCGACAGUGCAGAAGAGUCUCCAGAAACGGAGAAUAAUGAAUUUGACAAGGAGUUUUUCCUCGAAGAAGUGCGAACACUAUCUUGUCUUUGGAACACAAGUCUCAGCACAUAUAAAGACCGAACAGCAAAGGCCAACGCUUGGAAGAAAUUAUCAGAAAUUCUUAACAGAGAUGUUGAUUUGUUUCAAAGACAGCUGAAGAACCUGAAGGACAACCUAAAAAAGUGCCUCGACAAAAGGUCAAAAAUGACAAGAUCUGGAGCGACUGCAUCCUGCCUGCCAAUGUGCCGUUACUUUGAACAAAUGGCAUUCCUGUAUGGUUGUGUAGGAAAUAGGCCAACUGAAAGCAAUCUAAAUGCUAUCUUGUCCCCCCCUGCUGAUACUAUAACAGUGGAAGGCAGUUCAAGUGGGUGCACUCCAACCAAAGAUGUACCCACCACUUCAACAAGAAUGCAGACAACAGAAGCUGCAAGGGCACACAAGCGUCCCCUCAGUUCUGAACUCUUUUCAACCAACAGAAGUGGAAACAGGAUGAAUAGAGAUGUGGUAGAACUCAUGCUUUUAAAGCAAUUAACUGACAGUGAUGCCAUGUACAAGAAAAUGACUGAAGAGGAUGACGACGAAGAUUCAUUAUAUUGCCGAAGCCUUGUACCUAUUAUGAAAGGAUUGCCUGAUAAAAAAAGAAGGCUGGCUAAAAUAAAGAUCAGUCAAUUGUUGUUUGAAGUAGAAUUUGAUGAUGUUGCUUAG